GGUAGGUUAAAGCUACUACUUAUCCGAUUCUCCACGGCGAUGAAGGCGAUGACGACUGCGGCUACCGAGACAUGCGAAUCAAUUUAGCUGAUUUUGGAUCUCCACCGAGCGGUCAGUCAGAGUUCGUCGCUUGACGCGACUAGAUAUCGUUUGUUCGAUACUUUGGAACGGUUUGGGUAAUUUUGAAAUUGAAAUCCAACAUCAUGAAGAUGUUUCCGGCAGUUGUGAUUUUGGUCGCGAUGUUAGUUAUGAGUAGCGAGGCUGUGAAACCCACAUCGAAUGUUGAUUUUACGGACGUAGAAGAUUCAGCCGAUGGCACCGGGUUUGUGAAUGUGUAUCGGAACUAUCCGAAGAUUCAGGUGACGGUUGAUACAUCCAAGUUGAAACGUGUUUCGCAACCGGAAAGUGAAGAUAGUAGUUCGGGAAGUUCGGGCAGUUCCGGAUCGGAAUCGGUUGAACGGCCAACGGUGGGAGUGCGUACCGAUAUAACCAUCGAGAUAUCGGAAGAAUCGCUUAACGAAACUAAUACGGUGGAUGGAAAAAAGGAUUCCGGGAAAAGGAACGGAUCCAGCGGGAAGAAGGACGGAAAAGGUGUUGAUGAUGAUGACGAUGACAAUGCCAGUGUACCAGUGUUCAAGGGAACGGCUGGAGUGCCUACAAAGGGAAAAACUCCAAAGCCUACUUCGCCGAACGAUGUUAAUGGAAAAAGACCGGGAGUUACGAUGAGUAGCAGGCCGACUACGUUUGUAUACAAAAAUGAUGACCGUAGGCCAGCUGGUCCCUAUGAUGGAUGGAAUCGGUUCCAGCCGGUGACGGGGCUGUGGACUACGGAACGGCCCUAUAAUCGACGGGUUGAAUAUGACUAUCAUGGUAAUCCCAUCUACGUGAAGAGCUACGUCCCCUACCAGACCCACCAGACCCAUCAGGGCCACCAACCCGACUCGAACGGUAGCUGGAAGCCAUGCUACUGCAACGUCUACCAACAACCCUGGGACCGCGCCCCAUCGAACCCUGUUCUACCGACGCCCACCCACCGGCGAAAGGUCGACGACAAAGUUGACAUCCCCUACAAACAGCAUCGAGACUAGUGAAAUGCACAUUUCGUCGGUCCUUCAACCUGUUGUUUGUACUGAUAGCGCGUAAUCGCUUCCGGUCCACUUUGUACAUAUAUCAUCAAAUACAUCUACAGUUAUUAAU